UCGAAGCUGCUGGAACUCCUAGGUUUUUUUCUUAGAAGGUGUUGACGAACCGGUGAGGUUGCCGAUUAGUUAAAGAUAGUUUAAUUUAAUAAUAAAUCGAAUACAAAUUUGGUUUCUGAGACAUGUGAUUUGACUUAGUAUUAAAGGCAAGAAAUUUCAUUAAUCAUACAAUAUAUAAACAACUUUAACCGGAAAGCUCCAGAUCUACGCUAUAAGAGAAGAAACGCAGUUGUUUGGCUUCUUUUGUUGGAAAGUGUUCUCUACGUUUCGAUGAACAUGAAAUCCGACAAUUUUCGAUGGUGUAGUUUUUUGCUACUAGGAACCAUGGUGUUAUCCCUUUAUCCUGCCCUGGGAAAAGGGGAAUCUAGCAUUUACGACGCACUGUCUGAUGAUCACACUGAACAUUAUGUGACACCCACAGUGGAUCCAUCAAGGGUGUAUUUCGGAGAACACUUCGACGAUUUAUUCGAACAUAAUGAUGUCGAAAAGCGGUGGAUCAAAUCAAAAGCAAGCAAAGAGGAUGCUACCGAAGAUGUGGCAAAAUAUGACGGCGAAUGGAAGAUUGAACAACCGAUUCGUAUCAUUUUAUCCGGAGACUAUGGACUUGUCCUUAAAUCGAAAGCUAAACAUGCCGCGAUUGCUUCCCACCUGCUGUUGAAUAGACCCUUUGUCUUUCAAGACAAGCCGUUCAUCUUACAGUAUGAGGUGACACUUCAAGAGGGACAAGAAUGUGGAGGAUCCUACAUUAAGUUACUUUCUGAUGGCAAUAAUACGAAAGAUUUGAAGCAGUUUAAUGAUAAAACUGCUUACACAAUUAUGUUCGGGCCAGACAAGUGUGGCAAUGACGUGAAGUUACACUUCAUUUUUCGUCACGUUAAUCCAAUUAAUGGAAGUAUUACGGAAAAACAUUGCAACAAGCAAAAAGAGAGACUAGACGACCUAUUCAAAGAUCGACGACCGCAUUUGUAUCAACUCAUUAUUCGUCCUGAUAACACAUACACUAUACGUAUCGACCACAAAACCAUUAACGAAGGUACACUGUUAACGAAUUUCACGCCUCCGGUCAAUCCACCAGCAGAAAUUGAUGAUCCAAACGAUCACAAACCUGAAAACUGGGAUGAGCGUGAAAUGAUUGCUGAUCCAGAAGCAAUUAAACCUCAUGAUUGGGAUGAAGACGAACAGGCACUGAUUCCGGAUCCUAAAGCUACGAAGCCACUUGAUUGGUUAGAUGAUUUGGAAGAAAUGAUACCCGACCAUACCGCGAUAAAACCAAUCGAUUGGGAUAACGAUAUGGAUGGCGAGUGGGAACCGCCGCUCAUACCGAAUCCGCUAUGUGAAAAAGCGGUUGGUUGUGGUUUGUGGAAAGCGCCAAUGAUUUCCAACCCAAAUUACAAGGGUAAGUGGCGACCACCGCUAAUUGCAAACGUUAACUAUCAAGGCAAAUGGGCACCCAGAAAAAUAUCCAAUCCAGAUUACUUUGAAGAUUUGAACCCCUUCCGGAUGACGGCAAUAGUCGCGGUUGGAAUUGAAAUAUGGUCCAUGUCCAACGAAAUACUUUUCGACAACAUAGUAAUUACGGACGAUGAAUCAGUUGCCAAUGAAUGGGCGUCGCAGACGUUUGAUCUCAAAUUAAAAACUUUAGAUCGUCAAGCGCAAAGCUUUUGGGAGCGGGCAUUAAGAUAUAUGAACUAUAAACCGGCCUACUGGGGAGCGUACUUUGUAUAUUGUUCGAUACCGCUGAUAGCAUACGUUUGGUUUCUCUGGACAAGACGCGAUAAAAAGAGUGAUGCGAAAGCGGUUUCUGGGCUCAUGAAAAAAACGGAUGACUAUACUGCAACGUACGACCAAAAUGCGGCAACUGGAAUGGGUGGAGAACGGUCGAAAAAAUAUGAUCUGAAUGCAACCACCAAUCAGGAUUAUGAAAGUAAUGACGACGAAGAAGGUGAAAGUAAUGCCGACGAAGGUGUAGAUAAUGUUCUGGAGUUGCAGGAGAAAAUCAGCGGAGAAGAUGAGCGCGAAACUAAAAAAUGCAAUGAUAUAGUGACUGAUAGCAAAACUGAUGAAGCUGAAGAGGGUCUCAAAAAACGUAAAGCAAGAAAAGACUAAAAGCUAUACAAACUAUUUAGAAAGAAGCUGCAGCAAUACAUUUGAAACGAAACAAAAUUUACAAAUCGAAAGUUUAUUUUUUAUUAACCCUUAUUUUUUAUAGCAUGAUAUUUUUCCAUCUUUUAUCUUAGCUGUGUUAAUUUUAAUUCAAAACAAUUAUAAUGUAAACAAAUAUAAUUUUAAUUAUAAGUUCCGCGAUUUGUCGUUUGUAGUAUUGACCAAAGUGCAGUUCGAAACGUAGCAAUUCUCAGUAAUAAUUAUUCUCACAUAGUAUGGGUUCUGUACUGAAAUUGGCAUAAAAUUUCACGUUGCCAAACAACUUAGGCUCGUAGACGUUAGACGUAGGAGGCUCAGUUGUUAAUUCAAUAGUUUGCAUACCCAGCGAUGACGUUGAUGAUCUGUUCAAUGGUUUACCACCUACCUAAUCCUACGAAUUCACUUUUCGGGAGAAAAUAUCAGGCGAAUUUUAGAACAGAAUCCUAUUAGGCAGUUCAAAUUGCAUCAUCGUUGGGUAACCAAUAAAAUUCAAUAGAAACUGUAGAACUGUUUUAACAUUAUUUGCGAUACUAUUGUUAUCAUUCAUUUCAUUAAUUUUAUUGAAUUUCGUGUAUUUUUUUGGUCUGCAUGAAAAAAUCCAUGUUUACUAUUUAUUAUUUGUGUUCGUAUUCGUGAAAUCAUAAACAAAAGGGAAUAUAUAUUAGCUGUUGAAGCGAUGGGAUUCAAUAAAAAUUGUAUAUGUGAAAAAUGAUCAUACGA